GAAAAUAUAUGAGAUGUCUAAAGCAUGUCUAGUAGAAGGUGGCUAUUGUUUGGGCCAUUCCUUUAGAAGGUGUGGUGUGCACUCUUACACAACUGCUUAAUCCUUGAUAGAAAUCUCUAAGACAGCACCAUGUGAUUUCUCAUCUGUAUGUCCUCAUCCUUUCAACAAUCUUUCAUCCUAGAAAUAAUUAUCAAGGAAAGUUAAAGUCUAUAAAUACACUUCCUCUUGCCUUCAAAAACAGCAUAAACCAUUGCCAUCCUCAAGCAUAAACAUUUAGACACAUUCUUCUCAGAUUUUAGAGCUUUGCCUUGUUCUCCUUCUUUUAGACCAACACAAAAGAUGGGUUUCCGUUUACCUGCUAUUCGAAGGGCUUCCUUCUCUGCUAGCCAAUCAUCUUCAAAAUCCUUGGAAGCUCCAAAGGGGUAUCUUGCAGUGUAUGUUGGAGAGAAGCAGAUGCGUUUUCUGAUCCCUGUAUCAUAUUUGAACCAACCAUCAUUCCAAGACUUGUUGAGUCAAGCCGAGGAAGAGUUUGGAUAUGAUCAUCCCUUGGGUGGUCUCACAAUUCCUUGCAGUGAAGAUGCUUUCCGACAAAUCACUUCUCGCUUGAAUAGCCUAUAAAUCUCAUUAUGUGGGAGGCUGACUUAGAUUAGUGUACAGAUUUUGCACAAUAGUAUAGAGUUAACCAUCAGAAUGACAAAUUCAAAGAAAUUGUCUUCUGUUUUUUGUGUAAUAACAACAAAUUCAAUU